UAUAAUAUUGGAUGUGCCAUGAUCAUGUGUCAACGGAGUGUCAUGUGUGACUGACUUUCGGGAAAAUCGCGCUGUUGGUGCGUCGGAAUCGUCCUGAUUGUCCAACUUUCUGGACGAAAUAAGAAUGUGAAAAAUUGUUGUUAAUUAAUUAGACGGUUUGCUAUUUAGUAUUUUUGUGCGGAGCGAAUAAUCGAUUGUUGUCAAUGUGCAAGUAUAACGAUGGGCGGCAAAGAAUCAAAGGAAGUUCUACGCCAACCAGAGGCACCAGCUCGCAGCAGCCGACGUACCAGGCGUGAAUUAGAUUUGUCUGUCUGUCCGGCACGGGUCGAUCAGAUUCACGUUUCCGGCUUAGAUCGAACACGUGACGAUUAUGUAAGACGUGUAGCACAAGGCCUUUUCAAGGCCCACACAUUUCAAGAUGUACUGAUCGAGUGUAACAAGGCACGAAAUCAUCUUAUCGACUUAGGCAUUUAUAAGGAUAUACACGUUCUUAUUGAUGUAAGUCGCGGUCCGGAUGCUACACCGAAUGGCUACGAUGUAACUUUCAGCGGCACGGAAUUCCCAAGGCUUUUAGGUUCCGUUGGCACAGAGGUUGGUCAAAAUGAAGGUUCCUUCACUGUCGAACUAGCUACACCGAACAUAUGGGGACGCGGUGAACGUCUUAGUCUGCAAGGAAGCUAUAGUAACAGUAAAACAUCAGACGUAAUGUUGAAAUUAUCCAAGCCAUUUUUUCAUAGGGAACUUGGUGACUAUAAGCCUGAAAUCGCUCUUGGACUAUUCCGCCAUGCAACACUGAUGCCAGUUAGUGCCUACAAAACGAGCAAUGUUGGUCUUUUAGGAGAAUUCACAUUCUUGCUGCCAUUUUCAAUUGCGCAUUCCCUCCAAUACGAAAUGGCUUUCCGCGAAGUAUCAACGCUAGGCAAACAGUCACCAUUCUUCGUGCGGGAACACUGUGGACCCCGAAUGGCGUCACUUCUACGUUAUGUUGUCUCGCAUGACCAGCGUGACAGUAAUGUUUUUCCAACCCGCGGCUUUUAUGUAAAGUUAACGAAUGAGUAUAGUGGUCUAGGCGGCAAUAUUUCGUAUAUGAUGACUAACAUUCAUACCGAAAUAAGUGCGACGCUCUUCGCUGGUAUUUCAGCUCAGUUGACAUCACGUGUGGGUUAUCUGCAAAGUGUAAAUAAGAACAAUCCUGAACCGCCUAUUGGAAGCUUAUAUACGCUGGGAGGACCAUUAACAUUGAGAGGAUUCAAAUUUGGUGGUGUUGGCCCACAUACGGAUGGUUACGCUAUGGGAGCUCAUUCUUACUGGGCAACCGGUAUACAUUUAUGGGCUCCUUUGCCGUUCAACAGGUAUUUGGGACGGUUUAGCAACAACUUCAAAACGCAUCUUUUUUACAAUUUCGGAAAUUGUAACUCAUUUAGUUCAGAUAAAAUGCGUUCAGCCGCCGGUUUGGGACUCGCGAUACGUUUAGCUGAACGUGCACGUAUUGAAUUCAACUACUGCUUCCCGCUACUCAAACAAGCUGGUGACCGGACACAUCCUGGCUUUCAAUUUGGCAUUGGAUAUGAAUUCCUCUGAAAGGAAAGAAAGAUUUCGACACAUUUACCUGAACUGCAUUUCGGAUAUCUUUCCGAAAAAUUCAAAUUCGUUGUAACACUUGUGUAAAAAAAAUUCUUUUGCUUUA